UUGAUUUCGACCAAAUCGAUAUGACUUAAUCUUAUCUGUAACAGAUAAUGUGUCUUGUGCGACCGUACUGUAUACAGCAUACGUUUCUUACUCGUUUAGUCGCCGUUUUGAUUGCUAUCCGUUUAGACACGUUCUGAAUUCCGUAGUUAAAAAUGUCAAAUAAAAGAAGACGCUGUUUCACUAUUGCUGAAAAAGUGAAAAUAAUUGAACGUUUAGAAUGUGGUGUUUCUAAUAAAGAUCUUUGCCAAGAGCUAGGAAUUAGUCAAUCAACACUAUCUACCAUAUGGAAAUCAAAAGACCAAAUAAAAAGCGUUUUUCAAAAAGACGUGACAUCUAACAAAAGGUUAAAAUGUAGCCAACAUCAAGACGUCGAACUGGCUCUCUUGGAAUGGUUCAAAAUACAACGAUCUAAAAAUAUUCCAAUAAGUGGUCCGAUACUUCAAGAAAAAGCGACCGAAUUCGGGAAGCGUUUUAAUAAAAUCGAUUUUCAAUGUUCUUCUUCUUGGAUUACCCGUUUUCGUCAAAGACACAAUAUCGUUUUUGGAAAAAUAAGUGGAGAAUCGUCAAGCGUUCCUGUUGGUGUUUCGGAAAAUUGGCUGGAACACGUUUGGCCUAAUUUGCGUAAAAAUUAUGCAGAUUGUGACAUUUAUAACGCUGAUGAAACUGGAUUGUUUUAUCGUCUAACACCAUCUCAAACAUUACGUUUUAAAGGGGAAACAUGCAGUGGUGGUAAAUUAUCUAAAGAGCGACUCACAAUUCUUGUAGCCUCUAAUAUGACUGGUUCUUACAAACAAAAAUUGUUAGUAAUUGGAAAAUCUAAGACUCCGAGAUGUUUUAAAAAUGUCAAAAACUUGCCAGUCGACUACAAAAGCAAUAAAAAAGCAUGGAUGACCGGUGACAUAUUUUCCGACUGGUUAAAAGAUGGUUAAAUUUAUAUAAAUACCUUGAAUGUUAAAAUACAUAUGUAAUCUUAAAUAACAGUAAAAAAUGUGUUUAAUAAAUCAAUUUUUCAAAAAAACUAUUUUUUUUUUUUAUGAUCCGGAUGUAACGAUGUUCGGUUAUAACGAUCAGAUUCCCUAGGUCCCUAGAAGAUCGUUAUAAGCGAAUUUGACUGUAUUUUGCUUGAAAUUGGAAAACAAACAUUCACCAUAAUAUUGGUUUCAUAUUGUAAUAACUUAUAGGUAGUUACCAACCUACCUAUUAUUAUUUAUAUUUGAUAGAAAGUUUACACUCUAAUUUAUAGACUCACGUUAAUAUCCAUACAUAUUGCCUGAGACAAUAAGACAUUAUUUAAAAUAGAUAGGAAAUAUGGUUAUUAAAAUAAUCAUUGCCGUUUGGAAUUGACUAGUAAUUCACUAAAAUGACUAAAUAUCAACAUUGCCGCUAACAUAUAAUAGAUUUAUAACUUA